UGUGACGUCAUAUGUAGCGGUAGAGGCAGAAGCAGGUGGAAACGACGCGUUUGUGUUGUUCUGCUCUGCUGCUUCAGGCUGUGGGUCACAGUGAAGCGGGUUGUUUUUCUGUUUUGAGCCUCCGCUCUCUCUCCCUGUCCGUGUGUUUCACUCCCGUUAAGAUGUCGGCGCAGCACAGCGGGACCUUCAGUCAGCUCAACAAGUUUGAGAAACUGUCGUGGAGGCCGUCCAUCCGAGACUCGGGCUCUAAGAAGCGAGCUCGAUGGCUUCAGGCUCGACGCAUCUUCUCCCCCUCCUGUCCUAACCUGCGUAUCCCAAACAGGUUUCUGCGAGAAGGACACUGUGUACCUCCUGCCCGCAGCGGACACCGCUGUGUUGCGGACAGCACCAAUUUGUACGUGUUUGGAGGCUACAAUCCAGACUUUGACGAGGCAGGCGGGUCGGAGAAUGAAGACUACCCUCUGUUUAGGGAGCUUUGGAGAUUUCACUUUGCCACAGCCACAUGGCAACAAGUCCGCACAGAGGGUUACAUGCCUACAGAGUUGGCUUCUAUGUCAGCUGUUUUACAUGGCAACAACCUGCUGGUGUUUGGUGGCACUGGGAUUCCAUUUGGUGAAAACAAUGGCAACGACGUCCACGUUUGCAAUGUUCAGUACAAGCGAUGGAACCUGCUCAACUGCAGAGGGAAGAAGCCCAACAAGAUCUAUGGGCAGGCAAUGGUCAUCAUAAAUGGCUACCUCUAUGUGUUUGGAGGAACAACGGGCUACCUUUACAGCACUGACCUUCACAGGCUGGACCUGACCACCAGAGAGUGGACACACCUCAAACCCAACAACACACCCUCAGAUCUACCUCAGGAGAGGUACAGACAUGAGCUGGCUCAUGACAGACAGAGAAUAUACAUUUUGGGAGGUGGAACAUCCUGGACGUCGUAUCCCAUGGAUAAAAUUCACGCGUAUAACUUGGAGACGAAUAACUGGGAGGAAAUAAACACGAAAGCUCAUGAAAAAAUAGGAUAUCCUGCUGCGCGUCGCUGUCACAGCUGUGUGCAGGUCAAACACGAGGUUUUUAUAUGUGGGGGUUAUAACGGAGAGCAGAUCCUGUCGGACCUGUGGAAGAUCAACCUGCUGACGUUUCAGUGGACUAAGCUUCCCGCCAUCAUGCCAGAACCAGCGUACUUCCACUGUGCUGCAGUCACUCCAGCCGGCUGCAUGUACGUCCACGGCGGUGUCGUCAACAUGUCCGGGAACAGAAGGACCGGCUCUCUGUACAAAGUGUGGUUGGUGGUUCCCAGCCUGAUUGAACUCACCUGGGAGAAACUGCUCAAGUCUUUCCCUCAUUUAGCGCAGCUGUCCACCCUCCAGCUGCUGAGCCUAGGACUGACCCACUCACUCGUUCAGCGACUCAAAUAGAGGAAGCGCAGAGACUCUGAAAGGAAGUGGUAUGUGACUCUAAAUUCACUGAUACCAAGGCAAAGACAAAAAAACACUCCUGAAACAAACUGAUGUCAGAUGGUGAUGAGAAAUCUUUGAAUGCCUUUUUAAUUUUAGUCUUAUUGAAAUGUGUUUUUUUUUUUUUUUUUUAAAGCAGAAGUGCAAAGUGUAAUGUUCUCUCUCUGUGAGUUUGCAUGUCUCUGUGAGGAAUCACACAUCACUGUGGAAACCAGAAUCACUGUUAGGCUGCUUCCCACUUCCUCGUUACUAAGAAGUCUCUCGUGUUCUGCUCAGAAUUUGUCUUGUGCUCUUCAGUCUUGGCCACACUUGUCACAGCCACUUGUGGAGCAUGAGCAGUGACAGUCACAUUUUCCAAAGAACAUGUUGUGAAAAAAGCUGAACGAAUGAUGCUUCUGCUAGUUUCUACUCAAACUUGAAUCCAGAGGCUGAGAUUUGCUUGUUUCACGCUGCGGCUCAUCCGCUGCUGCUACACUAGGUGAGAUUUCGAGGUCUCUUGUGUCUUUGAAAAAGAGGGAGAAUGUGUGAUGACACUUCACUUCCUGCUCAGUCAGAAUCCAAGGAGAUAUUCUGAAAAGUGGCACACUGCACUGCUGACGAUGCAUCACAGCGACACCUUACAUUCCAUUUUUUUUCCCCCCAGAGUGACACGUGAGCAUUAGGGACGCCGCGAGCUGUGAUCGUAACGCUGCUGCUGCUGCUGCUGCACAGACUGAAAAAUGUUGCUCUAGCUACUUGCAAUCAAAGCUUGUGAUCGGACAAAAACAUCUGUGACGUUGCAUCACUGUGAAAAUGUUAAGCUUAGUAAUUGAGAUAUGAAGAUCCACAGUGAUUAUUAUUUGUUCAUUCAGUGCCUUCUGAAGUUCCAAAAUUGUGUUUUAUAAUUCAUUUUUAAGACUUUUUAAGUGCGUCUUCAUGUCUCUCUUUUCCCUACCCCAUGUGAUUUACCUGGUGCUCUCCACAGGAGACUCCACUGCCAUUUAACAUGAUUUUGAUCACCUUAAACCCACAAAGUUUAAGUUGCGUUUACUUAUUUAUUUCCAUCACCGUGCUGCUGUUUUGUUUUUUGUUGUUAUUACAAACCUAUGAAUUGUAGCAGACCCUGUAGCUGUAUUUAUUUCACCCGUUUCUUUGUCCUUUUACUUCUCAAUUUAAACUUUUUUUAUACUGUUACAACUCAGUUACUAUUAUCUUUAUUAUGCCGUCUUCUGUUUCCUCUGUGUAUUAUUGUGCUCGAGAUUUGUGGUAAAGUAAAGAAAAACAAAACAAACAAUAAGAGAGGUAAAUAUGCUCACUCAGGAUAUAAACUACUGUGAUCAGACACUUAAGUUAAAGCCUUAGCAGUCAUUUCAUUUCUGUGCAGUCGCAUUAAGGCAAACCCUGGAAGAUUUGUUUGAGAACAUCUCAGCCUUAUUUUCUUUGACUUUAACUCUCACUGUCUUGGUACAAUAUUAAGCUAAACUCUUAGUUCCCCCACUUUUUUAAAAACCUGUAUCACAAAGUGCAUUUUCCCCAUUCAGAAACGACAGCCUUAUUCCCCUCUCUCCACUCACUCAUACUUGGUAAAUGUAUUGCACUGCUUAAAAGGUCGAUGAUGUAUAUGUUUGCAUCGUUUUUGAUGUUGAAAGUGAAAUGACCUCCUGCAUGUCAGCAUGGUUUGCAUGUCACUUCACACAAAGCCCUCUGUAAAAUGGUGAGAGUCUCCUCCGAGGCAAAUACUGUAUGUGUAAUGUUCAUUGUGUUUUGUAUUUCUGUCUGUUCAAACAAUAAAACACAGACAGUUGUUCUUUUUUAAUAAUA